AUGGCCACCGUGUUGGGAAAGCGCAAGCCGGCGUCUGCAUCGGCGACAAAGGCCGCCAGCGACAACGACCACGACGGCGACACCAUCCAAGACACGGCAGCCAAGAAGGCGACCAAGGCCAAGACGACGCGCGAGACGACCGUGUCCGAUGACGAGCGCUCGGACUGGUCGGGGCUCUCGGACGAGGACGAAGACGGCGAAAGCGAGAGGGUCAGCAACAGCGACAGCGAGAGCGAUGGCGCCGAACCAGUCACGCCUUCCGUCCAGGUGAUUGACUACAGCAGUGGUGCCUCGGCUGCCGAUCUGGCCGGCAACGUCUCGGGCAUGACAAAGCAGGAGCGCAGAGCCUAUCUGUCUUCCCGCCCGCCGGCCCUCGACGACCGCCGACGAUCCGCCAGCACGACCACGGCCGCUGACACGGCUGCUGCCGACGGCGCCGACGGCGCCAAUACCUUCAAGGACGCCCCCGACCUGCUGGCCAACGAUCUGGCGCUGCAGCGGCUCAUCGCCGAGUCGCAUCUGCUGUCGGCCGUGCGGGCUCCCUCCACCACAGGUGCCGAUCCAGCCUCUCUCAAGAGCGCCCGGCCCUUUGCUGCCGGCCGUCUGCGCCAGCAUGCCACCGACCUCCGCAUCCAGGCCGUCGCUCGCCGUGGCGUCAGCGGCUUCGCAUCUUCCCCCGCCGCCUCGGCCGCCUUGGCUGCUCCCCCUAACUCCGCUCACAGCAUCUACACCCAGACCUCCAUGCCCAUGGCCAUCCGCAAAGGCAUCUCCGGCGCCGCCGCCGCCCGCGAGUCCAAACGCCGCCGUGAGGCCCGCGAGAGCGGCAUCGUCCUCGAACGACCCGCUACUAUUUCUGCUGCCUCCUCCUCCAUCCGUCGCCGCCGCCAACGCGCUGUCGACGCACCCUCCGUCGGCCGUCUUCAUGGCUCGGAGCUCCGCCUCCGUGAGAGCGACGUCCGCGCUAUCGAGGGCCACCGCUCAGGCUCCUCUUCCAUUGGCCACAAAAAACACAAAAAGCGGAGAUGA